AUGGGGUUUGGCAGCAGAUCCUUUAUGGGCUCCAAGGAAAAGGCGAGCUACGAAAAUUCAUUUGUUGGGAAGUACCAAAAACUUGUAAAGAAAAACUCAUUCUUAUAUUUUGGAAUGCCAAUGAUGCUUUCCAUUGCGUUGGGAUCUGUUCUUUUGACAAACUUUGCUGCGCUACGUUAUGAGAGGAGAGACGAGAAGGUGAAGGAGAUGUCAGAGGAUGAGGCUUUAAAUAUGAUCAACAAUAGAAGAAAAGUGGAUAUCAAUGAUGAGUACUACAAACUGCAGGGCAUUCUUGAGGAGCACCAAGACUGGGAGCCAAAGCGAGUGGAACGACUACCAGGGGAGAGUGAAAACAAGUGGUAG